AUGACGUCAGCAAGCCAUCUCCGCAGCUGCUGCCCCCACGUGGCAGCCCCAGAGUGGCUGGACGUGCGCUCGCUGCACCGGCAAGGUGGCGGCUGGCGCGGACCAGCGGCGCGAGAGGCGUCCAUCGCAUGGCACGCAGAGCGAGGGGCGCGAUCAGCGCGCUCGGCGCGCAGUGAGGGGCAGCGGAGGAAGGCGCGCGAUGUAGAAGCGGAAACGCAUGCGGCGUGGCAAAACGAACGGACGAGGCGGAAGGGCGGGCGGAAGGACGUGGGGAAGGGCGUUCGGACGGGCAUGCGGAAGGGCGGGCAGAUGGGGGAGAGCGGCGAGGAAGAGGAGAAGGGGGCGGACGCGACACGUGUCGAGAGGCGAUUGGCGCUUCCUUCGGAGGAGGUGUUUCUUGGGGCUGGGCUUGCGCUCAAAGAUGAGGUGGGACGAUGGCGCUACGCGGUGCAUCAUGGUGCGUGGGCGCGCGCCGGGGUGCUCAAGACAGACCCUUUCCUGUACACGGGCCUGUUGGGAACCGCCUUCGUGUGCCUGCGUGCCUUCCACGUCACUCGCAGCAGGGCUGACCUGGACCUCGCUGCUGACAUCACUCGAGCCGCUGCUGAGCUGGCAGAGACCGCCCCUGCCCCGCCUCCAGCCCCACCUGCCAGCAACUCACUCAUCGCUACAACCACGCACAUGCCUCCCUCACAUCACAUCACACCCCUCUUUCCCUUGCGCUCAUGCCAUUCUCUUCUCGCCACCCACCCCCGGUCCCCCAUCUCUGUCAGCCGCCAUUCUUUCUUUUGCGGGCAGCCCGGAAUAUUCGCCCUGGGGGCGGUCGUGGCUCACCUGCAGCGCCGCCAGCACGACAGCGAGAAGUUUCUGCGAAGGUUCCUCGACCUCAUCACUGACGCACUCCCUGCGCUCUCCCAGCGGCCCUCUUCCACCAAUGACAUCGCGCCAGCUGGCAUUCCCUACGAGCUGCUGUACGGGCGGGCGGGCUUGUUGUGGGCGGCAAUGUUCAUUCGGCAGCAUCUGGGGCGGGCUGCUGUUCCUGAUUCUCGUUACUGGGGGGCAGCACAUGGGCUGGCAGGGAUUGCCCACACGCUGCUGCUGGGGGAGAGACAUGUGGGGCAGGUGGGGCAUGUGGGGCACGUGGGACGAGUGGGGGUGGGGGAGGCAGCAGCGUCGUACGCAGAGGGGGAGGCAGGGGAAGAGGUUGUGGAAGAAGGGGGCAGGGAGGCGGUGGCGGUGUUGGAGUGGAUGGUGGCUGGUAAGCUGCCGAGCGGCAACUACCCCUCCAGUGACGAGAAACGCCUUGCUGCUGCUGGGGGAGGUGGGGCUGGGGGAGGUGGGGCUGGGGGAGGUGGGGCUGGGGGAGGUGGGGCUGGGGGGGACGCAGUCAGGGCGGCAGCAGGUGGGGCGGACAGGUUGGUGCAGUGGUGCCACGGCGCUCCUGGUGUGGCCAUGGCGCUUGCCCACGCUGCUACGGCAUUGCUGCAGUGGGCUUUCCUCUGUGCACAUGCUGCCUGCUACUGCUUCCACGGUGCGACGAUUGCAUGCCUUUUUGCUUACUGCUUCCACUUACUGCCUUGCAAUCUCUGCUUCUCCAUCUCUGCCCUUCCAUGCACAUGCCCCCUCUCCCACCCCUAUCCUGCACCAGUCACACCCGUCCAGGCAGCACCUGCUGGCAGCAGCGGUGGCAGCAGGCGAGGUGGCAUGGCAGCAUUAUCAUCUCUCCUAUGCAUGCCCUUUCCCACCCCGCCCAUGCACCAGUCACACCCGAGCAGGCAGCACCUGCUGGCAGCAGCGGUGGCAGCGGGCGAGGUGGCAUGGCAGCGGGGCCUGCUGCGCAAGAUGGGGCUGUGCCACGGCAUCGCUGGUAGCCACAGCAGCAACAGGCAAACCAACAGCAGCAACAGCAGCAACAGGCAAACCAACAGCAGCAACAGCAGCAACAGGCAAACCAACAGCAGCAACAGCAGCAACAGGCAAACCAACAGCAGCAACAGCAGCAACAGGCAACCCAACAGCAGCAACAGCAGCAACAGGCAAACCAACAGCAUGCAGGAAAACACCACUCCCGCCCUGCCCCCUCCCAGCACGCACCUGCACAGAGCGCGUGUGUUUGCCGCCUUCCUCGUGGCCCACCGCCAGCGCCUCGCACAUGCCGCCCUGCUGCACUGCGGCGACCGCCCCUUCUCCCUCAUGGAGGGCCUGGGCAUCGUGGCUUGUCUCUUCCUGGACCUGGCCCGGCCUGACGACGCGCAAUUUCCGGGUUUCGAGCUGUGA